GACGAAUGCAUGGUCAACGCAGAUGCAGUCGCGUAUCUGAACAAGGCUGUUGAGAAGUACAAGUUCACCAGGCGUGGUGAAACCGUCGCUGUCAUCAGUAACAUGCUGUUUGAGUCUGGCGGAUGGAUGUAUAACAUCAACCAUUCAGCAAACACUCCGGGUCAGGGAACUCGUUGCAUGAUGAUGUGGAAUUUUAUCAGCGAGUAUGCCAAGGAGCUGCACCCGGAUGAGUAUGCCAAUCUGAUGGGAAGCAGUGCUAGUAGUGCGGACAGUGCUUCGGAUACGGUUAGGAAUGAUGUUCGUGAACUUGUGCUUAACCCUGAAGAUUCGUUUGCGUCUGGGUUCUGGUUCCUUGUGAACAAAGCGGCUGGCUUCCACGAUGACGAUAUGAAGCUGCGCGACGGCAACUUGGAGGACUUUAAGGCGUACGUUGAGACAGGAAUUUACACCUCAUGGGAUUCCAACCGCGAGAAGUGGUGGCAGCUGGUCAACGAUAAUAUCAUGAUCUGA